AUGGAUGCCCGCUUUGCUGCUUUUGAAUCUGAAUUUCCGUCGAUCAUCCGUGAAGCGGUGAACUCCGCUUUUGAUGCCAAGCUUCCAGCCCAACUCGAUGCGCGCCUUCCGGCGUAUUUUGAGCAGUUCCGCCGCGAGCUCACUCAUGAACUCACCUUUCGUCGUGAGGGUGAAGGUCCAUCCCACCCACCUCCUCCAGAUCCACUUGUUACUCAUGAGAUGGCUCAGAUCCCGCCACCACCUCAUCCCGGCCCUCAGAAUCCAAGGCCGCCGUGGCAACAGCGCCUCGACUUUCCCAGAUUUACUGACGGUGAUGAUAUCCUUGCUUGGAUUUACAAAGCCGAACAGUUCUUCUCCUUCUAUGGGAUCCCCGAUGCUCAACGUGUUCUCACCGCCUCCUUUCAUUUUGAAGGUGAGCUUCUUCACUGGUUCCGUUGGAUGGAUUGCGUCAACACCACUCCCACUUGGUCGGCGUUUACCACCGCCCUUUGUCGCGAGUUUGGAUCCUCUGCUUUCGAAGAUAGUGCCGAGGCUCUCUUCAAACUUCGCCAGCUCGGUCCUCUUCGUGAUUAUAUCGCGGAAUUUCGCCGUCUAGCUACUCGAUCACCUGAGAUUAGCCCUCUUCUGUUACGCAGUUGCUUUUUAGGGGGGUUGAAAAAGGAACUGCGAUAUGAUGUCAAACUGUUCAAACCCGCCAAUGUCCAUGAGGCUAUUGCCAUUGCUGUGCAGCUUGAUUCUAAGCUUACUGAGCUAAAAUCGGUCCCAUCUCGCACCAAUACCACGUCUAAACCCUUUUCAAACACUGUCACACCUUCCUCCUAUACUAUGCCAAACACUCGCAACCUUGGUAUUAAGAAGCUAACCCCGGCUGAGGUCCAACGGAAGCGAGAGCGAGGGGAAUGUUGGUUCUGUACUGAUAAGUGGGUGAGCGGCCAUAAGUGUAGCCUUAAGCAGCUACUGAUGAUGGAUGUGCUGGAUUCGGAUGUUGUUGAAAAUGACAUUGAGGAGGAUCAACCUGCAUUGCACAACAUGGAGCUUAGUGCGUGUGCCUUCUAUGGCACUCAUGGAUGUCCGCCCGCUCAAACCAUGAAGGUGCUUGGUCAGAUUAAUGGUCGAUCUGUGAAAAUACUCCUGGACUCGGGCAGCUCACACAACUUUGUUGAUUCCAAAUUGCUUAAACAGUGGGGGUGGCAAGCAACAAAUACCAAGUCCUUUGAGGUCAUGAUAGCUGAUGGCGGCAAGGUGAUAAGUUCUGGUUGUUGCAGGGCUGUGGAAUUGUCUCUUGCAGGGUAUCAGUGUCACACAGAUUUUUACUCAUUGUCGUUGGGUGGUUGUGAUGUGGUCUUGGGGGUGCAGUGGCUUUCCACCGUGAGCCCUGUGCUAUGGGACUUCCAACUCCUCACAAUGGAGUUCACAAAGGACCACCACACUUAUAAAUUGUCUCAUCAAAAUUCCACUACCUCAGGAAUUCAAGAAGUAUCACUGCAUCAACUGGAUAAGGAGUUAGCUAACUCUAAUCUGGGGUUGUUCUUGUAUUCCAUGGAAACAGAAAAGUUAGAAUCCUGUGAAUUGAAUUCAGUACAGUUGCAGGAACUACAACAAUUGUUGAAUGCAUUCGAGUCUAUCUUUGCUUUGCCUACUACGUUACCUCCACAGCGAGACCACGACCAUCACAUUCCCCUUGUGCAAGGGGCCAAACCACCAAGCAUUCGACCAUACCACUAUGGUCCGUUACAGAAAACUGAAAUCGAGAAGGCAGUUCAAGAAUUACUUGAGGCAGGUUUCAUAAGGCGAAGCCAUAGCCCAUUCUCCUUUCCUGUUUUGUUAGUGAGGAAGAAGGAAGGCACUUGGCGGAUGUGCAUUGACUACAGAGAGCUCAAUACCCUCACUAUUAAGGACAAGUACCCCAUACCCCUUAUUGACGAUCUGUUGGAUGAGUUGCAUGGAUCAUUCUAUUUCUCUAAGUUGGACUUGCGAUCUGGAUAUCACCAGAUAUUAAUGCAGCCUUGA